AUGACAAAGGGAAUUGGGCCGACAUAUGUUUCGCACCAAGAACAGACAAUCUUCCGGCGCCUGUACAACGUCCUCGCCGAGUCGCCUUCGUCCUACAACUCACCCGUGAUCGGUUCAGAUUCGACGCAGGGUACCAACUUCGAUGGGUUCAUGAACCCUCAGAAGCGAAAGAACUGCCCCAUCGGUAUGGACAGGUCCGAGAGGAGUCCGUCGGUCGUGGGCGGCACCACGGUGCCCGAGCCCAACGUUAAAGUAGGACUCGCUGUUGGUUUUCCGACCAGUCCUCUUACCGAAGACGACGUGCAGAUCGCCGUCGACACUUCGUACUUUUGCGCGCUAGCACGGAAUCCCUCUCUCCAGGGACCUCACGCGCAGGGACCAGAUCGAGCAAAAGAUCUCGUGCUCGCUUCGAACUUUCAGAGCACUUUGCCCACGUUCCCCACUUUGCCCUCGCUCCCCACUUUGCCCUCGCUCCCCAGGGGCUAUGUCGGCUGUCGCGGUGGGCAAGAGGCACUGUUCGCCUAG